AUGAACGGAGAUCAUUCUCUCGUUUUAUCGAAGCAUCAAAAGUCUUUGCGACUCGACGCUUUUGCCACAAGAUUAGCAAAGGACAAUCUCGCAAAAAUAUCCGCGAAUGGUUGUGUUGAUAACAAUUCUGAGAACUGUGAUGUAAAGAUGUUGGAGACAAAACUCGAAACUCGAAUGUGCAUCGAGUGUGGGAGCGGCUUCCUGGGUGGUGGUGCUGCUGAGGUGUGCGAUACAUGUUCUGGUGUUGGAGGAGCUAUGCAGAUGGGAGUCGGGCUUGUCUGUCCGUUGUGCUCCGGCACCGUACACAGUCACAACGCUGCUCGGGUCUGCAGUUCCUGCAAAAAGUUCGUGCAUCGAGAAUGCGACAGGUCAGAUGUGAACUCAUCUGAGUUCGUUUGUGCGUCGUGUCGGCGGUCACCCUUAGUGGGUGAUAUCAUGUUGUCUGCAGCUAUUGGUCCCGCAUCACCACUGGGUGCUGAGUCUGACUCGAUUGCGGCACCAUCAUCCACAUCUGUUUCCGAUAUGACCCUCAAUCCAUUUCGGUCAAGUUCACCGGUUAACCCUGCCGCAGUGGUGCCCGACUUUAACGUCGACGUGUACAACAUGUCGGAAGGCAUUUCGUCACCUGCUACAACAAGCGAUUCAGCUCGUAAUUCUCCUUUUUAUCCCGAGAACUCUCCGUCUGACGUCGACGAGGAUUUUGUCCCGGGAAGCUCACGCGGUGGUUAUGCAUCUCGUGGUCGUGGAGGGGCAAAGAAAAAACCUGGUCGUGGGAGCUCUUCCAAGACUAGAGGAGCCAAACCACCUGGCGUUGAUCCGAGCCUUUUCGCCCCGUCUACACGAGGAAAGCGCGGAAAACGUGGUUCAAAGUUGAAUGGAGCUGGAAAAGCGCCCGGCAGUGGACGUGGUCGAGGACGUGGCCGUGGAGCUGCUGCUCAUGCACAGCAAAGCGUCGUUUUGCAACAAAUUAUUAUGCAACAACAACAACAACAACAACAAUUUCAUCAACCACAACCUCAAAUACGAGAAGUUGAUGAAACUAUGUUGGAAGACGACGAAGAACGAAACACUCGCGCAGAGGACGUAGAGUAUGUACGCACAGCAGUCAUCUGUGAUGCUCAAGAUCCGUAUAUGGCACAGGCGAGCUUGUGCCUAGUAUGUGGAGCAAUCGGUAAACCUCAUACUCAAGAAAGUUCCAUGGUUGCAUGCUGCAACUGCGCACAAACUUUCCACACCUAUUGUGUUGGUCUUCACGACAAGUUAAAUCAGGCUGUUGUAACGAGAGGUUGGCGUUGUCUUGACUGCACAGUAUGCGAGGGAUGUGGAGAAGGCAAAGACGAGUCAAAGCUUCUUUUAUGCGAAGAAUGCGACGUUUCUUAUCACAUCUAUUGUCUUUCUCCACCUUUGGAGCGCAUUCCCAAUGGACCCUGGAGGUGCCACUGGUGUGCACGAUGUCGGCGAUGCAACGUGAGAGUAACUUCCGGAACAGAUCUGAACCGCGAAGGCUUGUGCAGUACUUGCAGUUCUCUUCGAAAAUGCCCAAAAUGCUCAAAGAACUACAAUCUUGGCGACAAGAUAAUCAAGUGCAGUGCAUGCGCACGCUGGUACCAUGGAACGUGCGAGGAUCUAUACAACGACGAAAUGUUAGAAUCUGCUUCAGCGAAUAAAAUGCGUUGCUCUGCAUGCCGUCCGAAUAGUCGAAACGCUUCAACACUCAUGGGUAUAGGCGACCAUUCAAAUCUCCUCAUAUGUGAUAAUGUGGCGCUAAACAAAUCUGCUGAAGAGGUCCUUCAGUCGCGUUUUAUGCCUGGUUUAUUCCGUCCAAAUCCUGUGGAUACCUAUGGAUACCGUUCCGAAAGUUUUGACCACUACAGCGUAGAAGAUGACUAUUUACAAGAAGAACUAGAGAUACUUUCCUCAAGUAGCCGUGGCCGAGGUAUGGGUCGAGGAGGAGGACCCGGACGACGAGUUCCGAAACUUGGGGUUGGUGGUUUCUUCGUAAAAAUACCUCGUCAUCGGCUAAUGACUAUGGAGGAAGAAACACUAGAUGAAGACGGGAACAAAAAACAAAAACGACCGAGAAAACCGCGCCGAAGCCAACUGGAAGAUGCGUAUCCUCCUGCCAUACAGGAAGGCUUCUUUGGAAUGCGACCGGUCGAGGGCAAAGCUCUCAUCGAUGCUGUAGUCGAGGAACCGUCGCUAGCAGAGUAUGGUAAAGGGCGCACUACCACUGCAGCAGAGGCAGGCGGUCGUGGUCACGAACUCUCUCAUGAAGCAACGGAACAGCUUAAAAAUGAUUUGACAGAGGUCGACAUUCUGGAAAAUCUCGACAUUGGCGAAGUAGACCUUGACAAUAUGGAUAUGGAUUUCACCAACUGGAUGGAAGAUGAUGAGGACGAUGAUUUUGAUGAUAGCUUGAAUGAUGCGUUUGAUAUCGUAAAGGCGGAUGGCUUUGAACCAACAACCAACAGCGACUCAGCAUUAACACCAUCUUCUUCUGCCCCAACAGGACCAACUACAUUCCCCAAUGAUGUGACAAAUAUCGCUCCUGCACCGGCAACACCAUCUUUUUUGAUGACAAAUACUACAAAGUCAAUUUCACGAAGCAGCAGCCAAAUGGAUGGUGUGGAGAAGAACAAUCCUACUACGGAACGAUGGGAAGAAGAUGAGCCUCUCGGUAGUCAAGCAACAAAAGCAGCUGUACUUUAUGCGAAUGAGCGGCACGCCUAUUUAAAGGAAAAGUAUCCUGACUGGAAUGAUCGCGUGAAGCAUAUUCAGCGUCUGUGGCGAGUGUUAGACACCGAAAAUAGGCAAGAUUUUGUGAGUAGAGCUAGAGAAAAUCGUGCUAACCGCGGCAAGCAACCGAGAGCAAAACGUGUGAUGCAGCAACAUGCGGCGUCUAACGUCGACGAACGCUUUAAAGUCCCGAAUGUGCCUCCUGGUGCUCAGAUACGACCGGAGUAUUUUCAACAUGAAAUUGGGGGACAACCAAAUCAGGAAGUUGCAGUCCAACAAAUUCGUUCGACAGCUCAUUUAACUCAACCGGUUCUCGAACAGUAUGAACUAAUGCGGACGAGAACCCUUGAUCUCCAGAAACAUCAACAAGUUAUCGAGUCGGAUUUGAACAGAAUGCGAAAGCAGAAAAAAAAUCUUGCUGCAAAGCGUCGUCAGAUGAUGAAAAGUGCUGGAACGGAUGCAGAAGGGAAGCAGAUACCGGUUGAUUUGAAUGAACAAGAUAGAAUGGCCCUGCAAACACUACUGGAUCAAAUUCCUGCAAGGCAAAAGGAUUUGGAAUCAUGUAAACGAGACCUGAAGUCGCAUUUGGCCACCGUUUACGAAUUCGAACACAAAUGGAACAUUAUCCGCAACGUGGAGUCAGGAGAUGCCAUGCGAAUGGCUAUGGUACAGAGGGCUGUAGUUAGCGGCGCAGCUCCACCCAGUGCUUCUGUAGGAGCUCCAGGCCCUGCCCUUUCGUCACCCGCGGCUAUGCAGGGGACUGCCCCUAUGUUUCACCCACAGUUGGCAGGAACUUCUCCUCAAUUUCAACAGAUGCGUGUGCCUCAACAAGUUCCAUAUGGUACUGUUUGUGGACCUCCCCAGGAAUUACUGCAACGAACACCAGUACAGGUCCCUCGCGGGCCUGUGUGGACACGUGUACCAGCUCCGGUACUCGGCGGAAUUUUAUAUGAACGGCUCCAAACGUCAUUUGAGAAAGAGGUUUAUGAAUGUCUUGAUGAUGUGGUCAGUAGAAUUUCUAUGCACUUCGACGGACGCGACCCUGCUCGGGAAGGCAGUGGUAUGCUCAAACGUUUGCUUGAGCCCACACUCGGGCAGCAGAUGCCGUCUAUGAGUGCUCCGUCAUCGCAGUUAGCAACAAGUCAUCUGAUGGACCAGUUGGAGCCUCCCAGACCGAAGAAGAAACGCACUCAACAAAAGAAGUUUGAAACUUUGGGCAUGGGCAACGAAUACGAUUUGAUGGUGGAGCGUGUGAACACUCAGUUACGUCUCUGUGAGCAGCUCCCCAAGCGAGCAUUAGAACCUGCACCUCGUAAUCAAGGUGCAGCAUUUGCUACCAUGGGAAUAAGUGACCUUCCAGAUCGUCGUGAUAAGCGAGCUUUGAUUGGGAACGAAUUCGGUAAUCUAUCAUUAUCGUUCGUAGACGAUUACUACACCGGCCCGGGACGAGGUAUUGGGUGUUUGGAAAUGACGUGUCUUUCAAUGUCUGACCUUGCACCUCAGGCGAAUCUUCCCGCAUUGUUGGGCAUGCCACCGCCACCAAUUUACGAAAUGAUAGUUGAUGCAGAAGAUGCUGCUUUUGGCACUUUCGAUCAGUGGGUUGUAUUCGCUCACGCACUGGAUCGGCAGCCAUCUGGAGACCAUAUAAGGGUUGCGAGCAAACUACCUGAAUUCACAAUUCCACUCGAACCUCGUAGAAAAGUGUUUGACAUGAAACCAGAAACCGUUGAAGAGGUUGAAGUUUCUUUGGUUGUCAAAGAAGAGUCAAGUGCACCUCCAGGGGUGGGCGUAGCUGCUCUGUUGGAGCAGUUACGAUCUAUUCUUGGUGUGGAUCAACACAUUGAUUAUCAGCUGGAUACUCCACCUUUGUCACCAGAGCCACCUAUAAAAACUGAGAGCGCUGACAAUGUGAAACGCGAGCCUGUGGAACCAUCACCAUCAGCUUCAGGUGGCAAGUGUCGUGCUUGCGAUAGGAGCAUGGAGGCAGUACUGAUUCAACAAACAAUGAGCCAGUUGGGUUUGACACCUAGUGACGAUGAGAAGGAUGAUACAGUUUGUUUCUGCUCGAUGAAAUGCUACUAUCAAUUUGUUGCUGCCAGUAAGGUUGCAUUAUCUCCUGAUCAGCUCACAGCUGCUGAAUCACACGUUGAUGAAGAAACCCUUGCAAAAUUGCGACAAAUAAGUGCUGAAAGCUUUGCGAAAUGCAUAAAUCAGGGCAAGAUGCGAAUGGAUCUUCCAGCGGCUCCGGCUCUUCCACCGGACGCGUUCUUGACAUCGCCACGCGACACUCGCUACGUAAUGGACGAGGGUCGCAGAGAUAAUGUGCAGAUUAUUCGCGUCGCCGACUUGGCUAGCAUACACGAUGUUUCGCAGCGAAAAGAUCCUAGUCGUAAUCCAGGAGAUGACUGGAAGACCUACAGCCGUGAUUUGUUGCAGUCAUUUUACAAAAUCCAGCAAACAAAACAUGAGUUGGCUCUCUCUCAGAAAAUGGGUGUUGGGUUGGGUACUUCUUCUGAGAUAGACCGCCGCGUUUGUGUUCUUUGUGGUGGACUAGGUGACGGUGAUCCUGCUCUGUGUGGACGUCUUCUCAACUUGAGUGCCAACCUUUGGGUACAUGUGAAUUGCGCAAUGUGGAGUACAGAGGUGUUCGAAUCCUCCUCUGGAGCCCUUCUACACGUCGAUCGAGCUAUAGUUCGUGCUGCUGGAGUUAUUUGCCAUCUUUGUGGACGUGUUGGAGCUAGCGUUCAAUGUCAUAAGGUUGACUGUAACGUUAACUUUCAUCUACCUUGCGCCGCAAAGAUACAAACGGCAAAGUUCAUCAAAGAUAAAACAUUCUUCUGCACAAAACAUCCUGAGAUUAGCCCAGACGUGAUGGUGUCUUCAUUAGAAGCACUUCGACGAAUCUACAUAGAAAGAGAUGAAAAUGCCUUAUUAUCUCGGCUAUUUGACCUUUCUGAUUCGACGACACGCCUGUGCCUUCGACUUGGGGCAUUAAGUUUCUUCCAAGUUGGACAGCUUCUUCCAGAACAACUGAAAACUUUCCAUAACGCAACACAUAUAUUCCCGAAUGGCUACCAUUCAAAACGGUGGUUUUGGUCAGCAAGUGAUCUCCGUGCUCGUCAGCUUUAUGACUGUCAGAUCAAGGACGUUGAUCAUAGACCUAAAUUCAUUGUCUCCUGUGAUGGACGCACAUAUGAAGGUGAUUCUGCAACAGAGGCGUGGUCGGAAGUGCUAGCAGCAGUUGAGCGAUUGAGAGCAGAAACAGACGCAUUGCGUUUCUUUGCAAAAGGUGUUCAGGGAGAGACAUUAUUUGGUUUAAAUGAAUCCGCCAUUACCAAGAUUACCGAAUCGUUGCCCGGUGUUGAUGGGUUGUUCACCUACACGUUCCGGCAUCCCGGCAGCCCUCUACUUGAUCUACCCCUAGCUGUAAACCCCUCUGGUUGUGCUCGUUGUGAACCGAGGUUCCGUACUCUCAUAAAACACAAACAGCGUGCUCUCGCUAGUGCACCGUCAACUAGUCGUUCAUCGCAUGACGUUGGUUCAAGCGGUAGCGGACGAACAAGAGGACGAGUUGCAUCAUCGUUCACGGAUGAACUAGCUACAGCUCAGAUGCGUGCCAUGCUGCAGGCCUCGGGCAUUGGUGCAGAGUGGGCACUGGCUUUGGGUGGGCGUGAGCCGUUUUCUAGUAGUUCACAAAGCUACACACUGUACCAGAAAAUGCGAAAAGAUUGGCGUCAAACAGUUUAUUUGGCCCGGUCCAAGAUUCAAGGUCUUGGUUUGUACGCGAAGCGCGACAUACACAUGGGCGACAUGAUCAUUGAGUAUAAGGGUGAAGUCAUUCGUAGUGAAGUGGGUGAAAUGCGCGAGAAGAGGUAUGUGGCGCAGAACCGUGGGGUCUACAUGUUCCGGAUAGAUGAAGAUCUUUUGGUUGAUGCCACGAUGGCCGGUGGUCCGGCAAGGUAUAUAAACCAUUCUUGUGAUCCGAAUUGUUCCACGCGUAUUCUCGCUGCUGGUCCUUCGCCAGAAGAUAAGAAGAUUAUUAUAACUGCCAAUCGUCCUAUAAAAGCUUUGGAAGAGUUAACGUACGAUUAUCAAUUUGAAUUGGAGGAUACGUCUGACAAGAUUCCAUGUUUAUGUGGAGCUCCGAAUUGUGUGAAGUGGAUGAACUAG